AUGGCAAUAGCAGCUGGUGCUAAAUGUGAUUCUGAGAAUUUAGUUUGGGUGAUGUGUUCGUAUGACAUGGGGUGGCAGAAAAGGGGAAAGGUCCAUAAUUCAUCAACAGGUCAUGGGGCAGUACUUGGAGUUAAAACUGGGAAAGUCUUGGAUUUUGCUACCAGAUAUAAAACCUGCAGAACCUGUGCUGCAUCCAAAAAACCAGAUAAGCCUACACCACAUGACUGCCGAAAGAACCUCACUGGAUCUACAAAGAUUAUGGAGGCAAGUGUAGCCUGUCAGCUAUUUCAACGUGCUCCAGCAAGAGGGAUUAUGUAUGACCAAUAUAUUGGUGAUGAUGAUUCUACAACUUUUUCCUACCUCAAAACAAAUGUUCCCUAUGGCCUUGAAAAAAUUUCUGAUUUCAUCCACGCUAAACGCUCACUUAACACUAGGCUCUACAACUUAAGCCAGCGUCAAAAAUUUCCAGAUUCAUCUGUUCUCACACAGAAAGUGGUUAAUUAUCUAGUCAAGUGCUUUUCCUACUAUGUUCACCAACGCAAAAACCAACCUGCAGAACUUGUCAUCGCAAUUCAAUGCAUUGUGCCACAUGCCUUUGUUGACCACAAAAAAUGCAAUUCUUCAUGGUGUAGAUAUAAACAAAACCCAACAGAAUAUAUCCACCAUGAAUUACCCCAUGGGAAGGAUUUGCAUUGGAGCAGCCUUCAACAGGCAUUACAUGAUCUUUUCUCAGAGUAUGCGUCCCCAACAGUUGUCACAAAAUUAGCCUCCUGCCUGGACUCACAGCGAAAUGAGUCUCUAAAUGAAACCAUUGGCUCCAAAACCUAA